AUGGAGAAUCCUCAUUUUGCACACGCCCAAUACGCUCGACAAUCUUCGAUAGUAUUUGAUGGGCAUAUAGUUGUAGAAUAUGCUCAAAUAGUGAUCAAUCUAGGCAAUAACAUGGAGAAUGGGUUUUGCCAUACUUUGGCUACAAUUGACACCUUUGUGGCUGUUUGUGUAGCCUACCGCAGUGAAUGUGAGGGGUUGGAAAGGAUAUUCAUGGCUACAUUUUGUUUUCCCGCCAUAAGAAAAAAAGUUUGCUCUCCAAACAUCAACGGAAGGAAGCACCGCGAACGCGAAGGACGUCGAUCGAUCGGAAACGGGAUGCACGGAACACCGGAAGUGACGGAGCAGAGGAUCGGACCCGGAUUCGGAUCCAUAUCCAUGGACCUACUCGGGUUACUGGAUAUACUCGGCAUUUACUUUCCUCAGCAACUCUUCACCGUCGAAGAAACCUGGCUUAAUCUCACUUCCGCUCUUCUUUCCUUCCUUUCUUCUUCGCCGGGCCAAAACCUCGCUUCUCAGGUGAAAAAUGAUCAUGGAAACCAUGUCUUGUCGCUUGACCUCCAGCAGUUCAAGCAAAUAUGUCAUGUCGAGGAAUUUUAUGAAAUGUUAAUGGAGAAACCUAAAAUUGCUCUCUCAUGCAUGAGUGCUGCGGUUCAUAAGGUUUUGCUCUCCAAAUGGGGGAGUGACAGCUCCGAGCUCGGUGCAAAAGUAGAUAUUCGACUUUAUAACUGUCCCGAAACUAUGAUUGCGCUGAAGAACUUAAAAGCAGCAUAUAUUGACAAGCUUGUCUCAGUGCGUGGUACUGCUGUGAAAGUCAGCACUGUCAGGCCCCUUGUAGUGGAAAUGAGUUUUGAUUGCAGCAAGUGUAAACAAACAAUUAUGCGUAUCUUUCCUGAUGGAAAAUAUUCUCCGCCAUCAACUUGCAAUUUGAAUGGCUGCAAGAGCAAAAUCUUCAACCCGUUGCGAUCUACUGCUCAAACUAUUGAUUUUCAAAAAAUAAGAGUUCAAGAAUUAUUAAAACCUGAAGACCAUGAAGAAGGUCGAGUUCCCCGAACAGUAGAAUGUGAGCUUACGCAAGAUCUUGUUGAUGCAUGCAUACCUGGAGAUGUGGUGACAGUUACAGGAAUUAUCAGAGGAAUUAACACUUACAUGGAUAUUGGAGGAGGGAAGUCCAAAAACAGAAACCAAGGAUUUUACUAUUUGUAUAUUGAAACUGUAUCCAUAAAAAAUUCGAAGUCACAGUCCAUACCCGACGAAUUGCAAGACUCUAACCCCAAAGCUAGACCGACUGAGCUGUUUGACUUGUUUUCAUUUUCUUCAAAAGAUUUAGAAUUUGUCGUCAAGUUUGCGCAGGAGCACGGUUCAGAUUUGUUUCGGCAAAUCCUUCAAUCUAUAUGCCCGUCCAUCUACGGGCAUGAGCUUGUUAAAGCUGGGAUAACCCUGGCAUUAUUUGGUGGUGUACGAAAGCAUUCUACGGAUCAGAAUAAGGUUCCUGUGAGGGGAGAUAUUCAUGUCGUAAUUGUUGGUGAUCCUGGUCUCGGUAAGAGCCAAUUGCUACAAGCAGCAGCAGCUGUUUCUCCACGCGGUAUCUAUGUCUGUGGUAAUGCCACAACCAAAGCUGGCCUCACAGUAGCUGUAGUGAAGGAUCCUAUGACAAGUGACUAUGCUUUUGAGGCUGGUGCUAUGGUGCUGGCUGACAGUGGAUUGUGCUGCAUUGAUGAGUUUGAUAAAAUGUCUUCAGAGCAUCAGGCUUUACUGGAGGCAAUGGAGCAACAGUGUGUCUCUAUUGCAAAGGCGGGCUUAGUAGCAAGCUUAUCAUCCCGAACUUCUGUCUUAGCAGCUGCAAACCCCGUUGGUGGUCAUUAUAACCGGGCAAAAACUGUAAAUGAAAAUCUGAAAAUGAGUGCUGCUCUCCUGUCCCGUUUUGAUUUAAUUUUCAUACUGUUGGACAAACCUGAUGAACAACUGGACAAGCGAGUCUCAGAGCACAUUAUGUCACUUCAUGCUGGGAAUGGACAACAUUCACUGGCAUUGAAAAAGCAUCCACCUUCUGAUUCAAGAGCUGCUGUAUCACAGAAUGCUGAAGGUGUAGACCUGGGGGUUAGAUCGGGGUCUUUAAGUUCAAGGUUGAGACUUGACCCACAAAGAGACAACGAUUUUGUUCCAUUACCCGGUCAACUUCUUCGCAAAUACAUCGCUUAUGCAAGGAGUUUUGUCUUUCCUAGGAUGACCACGCCAGCAGCAGAAAUCUUGCAAAAAUUUUACCUAAAACUAAGAGAUCAUAAUACUUCAGCUGAUGGUACUCCUAUUACAGCUAGGCAGCUGGAAAGUCUAGUAAGGCUAGCUGAAGCUCGGGCUCGGUUGGACUUGAGAGUAGAAAUAACGGCCCAGGAUGCAAUGGAUGUGGUUGAAAUCAUGAAGGAAUCCCUCUAUGAUAAGUAUGUUGAUGAGCAUGGUAUCGUGGAUUUUGGUCGAAGUGGGGGGAUGAGUCAACAGAAAGAGGCAAAACGCUUUCUAAAUGCCCUCAACAAGCAAUCAGAACUGGAACAAAAAGAUUGCUUUUCAGUAUCUGAAAUAUACAGUCUGGCAGAUAGGAUUUCUUUGAAAGUUCCUGAUAUUGACUCUUUCAUCGAUAAUUUAAACAGCAUUGGUUAUCUACUCAAAAAAGGACCAAAGACAUACCAGGUUUUAUCCUCUUCAUAUUCACGAAGCCAAUCGUUUAGGACAAGGGGCUAA